AUGCCGGGGCCCCUCCCAUCCUCCAGCCACUCGAAAUUCUUACAGCUGCACAAGGGGGCCCCCAGGCCCCCCACCGCCAGCUUCACUGGUACCUCUUCUGCUUCAUCUACUGCUCCCACAGUCACCAGCACCACCACAACUGCAGCAUCAGCAGCAGCAGCAGGAGCAGGAUUUGAUCCUGCAGCAGAUGCAUCCGCAGGAGCAGCAGCAGCAGCAGCAGCAGCAGCAGCAGAACGAGCACCUGAUGUCUCUGGUGUUGCUUCAGAAAUGAUGAGGGCCCAACCCGUUGAUCCUUAUGCUUUCGGCAUGGGGGGCGAUCCCGGGGGGCCCUAG